AAAGACCAAACCGAAGCUGGCAAAUGUACCAAUCCUCCUCCUCCGAUCACUGUUCUCCUUCCUCCUCUCCGCUCCGUUGCCGACGGCCCUGCGCCCCCGCCCCGGCUCCCCGCCGUGCCCUGCGCCUCCGCCGCGCCCUUACCUCCACACCUCAAAUCUGGUGCCUUACUACUAUUUAUGUGGUGUUUCUACGAUCCUUGUAGUUAUGAAAGCUGCCUUUUGCUACUAUUUUUUUUCCGCAUAAGAUCUGCUCCCAUGUUCCUAGCUACCAGGAAAUUAGUACAUGGUUGGAACAAACAGCUUGCUUUGUAGCAUAAGCUCGCUGCUUGUUAGGGUCGAUGGCAGAGAGGGAGCAUCGAACAGUAUUUGUCACGGUGGGGACCACGUGCUUUGAUGCCCUUGUCAUGGCCGUAGAUUCUCCGGAAGUGAAGAAGGCUUUACUGCAAAAAGGUUACAGUAAUCUUCUCAUUCAAAUGGGCCGAGGAACAUAUGUUCCAUCCAAGGUCUCAGGAGAUGCUACCCUUCAAGUUGACCAUUUCACAUUUUCACCAAGCAUCGCUGACAAUAUGAGAACAGCUUCCUUAGUUAUCAGCCAUGCAGGUUCAGGAAGCAUAUUUGAGACGCUGCGGCUGGGCAAACCGCUUAUCGUCGUUGUAAACGAGGAUCUGAUGGACAAUCACCAGAGCGAACUAGCAGAAGAAUUGGCUGAAAGGAAGCACCUCUUCUGCGCACGCCCACAAACACUGGGAGAGACCAUCCGGGCAAUGGACCUGGAGACGCUGGUUCCUUACGAGCCAGGGGAUGCCAAGCCAGUCGUCGCCCUGAUCAACAGGUUUCUUGGCUUCCCAGUUGCCUGACAAAUAAACGACGAGAUACCUCCAUUAAGGCGUCAGUUCCUGUACCUGUUUGAUGUAAAAUGGAUUAACUGGCAUAUGGAAACAGCAAGACUGUCCUCGAUCGUUGCAGUUGGGUUUAAUUGGGGUGGGGGGCGUCGAUUCGUUGUUCUUGUCAUGCCCUUGACACGAGAAGGCAAUACUGUGUGGUUGGACGGCAUCACUGAAGCCAAUACUUUAUGAUCGUGAGAGGGCCGAAGGAGACGGAAGUCACGUCACCCUUCUUCAUAGUGAUUUGAAAAGUACCAUUGAAAUGAUAGCCAGCAGGGGCCAACGAAACCAAGAAAGUUGUAGUAACUGACAAUGAAUUCGCUGCAAUUGAAUGCUAGUUGCCAAAUACAAUCUCCACUGGUUCAGCUGCCAUCCUCAAUGCACUAUGAUGACCAGCUUAUGCUAAUUUUUUUUUCAUAUUUCUGACCAUUCGUCUUUUGUAAUAAUUAUUUGUGUAGAUAGACAAACGCAUGCAUGAAAUGCCUAAUAAUUAUUUGUGUAGAUAGACAAACGCAUGCAUGAAAUGCCUAAUAACAUGCAUAUAUUGUAAGGAAAAUGGAUCCCAGUCUAUUUGACUUAAUGAGUUUUGGUGUUUGAUGAUCAA